CUUAAACUGUUGACUGCUCCAUACUUCGGAGAACCGCGAAGGAAGGAAAAUGUGGCAAUGAUAUCUUAAUGCUUUUAAAUAUUGCCCUGGCUUUGCGCGCAUUUUAUUAAGAGACAGUCACCCUGUGUUAUGAGAAAUCAGGACAACAUUUCAAGCCCUGCCGAAACUAUCACCCAGAACACAUCUGAUGUAGGAUUAGACCAGGAACAAGGUUUACGUGGAUCCAGAAUCAACUCCUCAGACGUGGGGCAGGCAUCAGCCAGGCUUGGCCGGGGUGUUCAAGGUCCCCAUACGGCCUCCUCCCAAGUAAAUGAGAAACAAGAAAUCCCUGAGGUACCAGUAGAAGCAAGCACUGAAAACUCAAAUGAUUCUGUAGAUCUACCUGAUCUGUUGUCAAAAUCACAGACCGGGGCUGAUGAAUCAGUGAUCAGUGCUGUGAGAGAUGUUGAGCUAGAGGCAGGUGGAGAACGUGUUGUUGCAAGCCAAAGCUCAGAGGCUGUUCCAACUCAAAAAAAGAAAAGAAAAAAUAAGAGAAACAAACAGAGAGCAAACAGACGCCUCAAAGGGAAAAAAGAGGCAGCGACUAGUUCAGUUAUCAGUGCUGUGAGAGAUGAUGAGCUAGAGGAGGGUGGAGAACUUGCUGUUGCAAGCCAAAGCUCAGAGGCUGUUCAAACUCGAAAACGUAAAAGUGAAGAUAAGAGAGGAAACAAAGGCCUCAAAUGGAACACAGAGGCAGCGACUAGUUCAGGUCCGAGAACAAAAAGGCCACGACGUGCCUCGGCCACCAUCACUGCCCCCACUGACAAUAUGGAUGAACCCAUUUUUGUUGAAGACCAGCCAUCUAUCAUUGAUGUGGAGAACCAUGAUGGCUGUAUAGACUUGACGUCCAACCCAGAUGACGAGUAUGUAGACCUGACAUCAAGCCAACAAUCAACAGCCUUCGAUGGUCAAGGAGCCAACGACGCUUCUCUUGUGCUUGUUGGAUCUUCGGAGGCUCCACUGCCGUCCCACAGACGAGGACGGGGAACAAUCCCAGCCAUUGACCUAUCAGACGAGGACGAUGAUGAGCUUCCCAAUGUGAUACCCUACAAUCCCCCACCCACUACACCUUCACCUACACAAACUGGUGCAAGGACUGUCAUGUCCCCUGAGGCUGUCAAGAUAUCUUGCCCCAUCUGUCUGGAUGAUGAUAAGGCUAUCAAACAAGGGAAGAAGCAGUUCAUGUCCACUGCCUGCGGUCAUAUCUUCUGCAGGCCUUGUCUCGAGGAGGCAGUCAACAAUUUCCAUCAGUGUCCACUCUGCCGUAAAAAGACAUCGCGGAAAAACAUAUUUGUCCUCCAUAUUUAGUGUUCCUUGACUUGUUAUGUCAUAGCCCAAUAUGACAAUGUGAGGUUAUAGCAAAGUAUGACUUUGCGAUGUCAAAAUGUAAAUAACAUUUUAAAGGUCAUACUUGUAGUAUAAGGUGACCUUGUGAUGUCAUAGUGAAAUAUGACUUUGUGAUGUCAUAGUGAAAUAUGACUUUGUGACUUGUAUUUAGAAAUGCAAUACAUUUAUAUAGUGUCUUUCAUUGACUUUACAGAGUGAAUGUGCUUAAUUGAAUAUACAUGUAUAUGUGGUUUACCUGGGACUUAUAGUUAAUUAAGAGUUGUGGGAAAUAACUGUUUAUAUUGGUAUUGUGAAUGUUAAUUAAGGUAUAAUUUAUCCAAUGUGAUAUUUGUUAUGUUCAGGUUCUUGUUGGUAGGCUGCUGGAGUUGUUUCAUGGUUAUCUUCAUCCAAUUCAGUUUAUAUUGUUAUCAGUUUAAUUUGGCUGUUGGCUAAGAAUUUUUGACUAUUUUGUCAUUAUAAAAGCAAUACCAAUUAAAAUCAAAUUAUCAUUAUUGAAAUUACGGUAUUUUUUCCCUCUAAUUUCUAUUGUUUUUACAGUUUGAUUCAAGUUCCCUUGUUCAGUUGGAUUUCUAUAUCUGAUUAUUAAUUAUACAGUAGAUGAUUUUUGUGAUAACUGAAUGCAAAUGAUGUGUUGUGUUGUACAAUGUACUUUAUUUCCAUAUGAUGAGUGGGUAUCUUUAAUAAUGAUUUUAUCUUCUGGUCGUAUGUAAAACAUUUAACUGUUUUGUUCUGUUGCAUUUAGUUUGAAUAUUGUGCGCAUGUGUGUGUGUGUGUCGCUGUAUGUAUGUGUGCUACAUGUACAUCUGCUUGUGUAUAUGUGUGUUUAAUUUAAGUUUUGCAAGAUAUACACAUGUAUUGAGGAAAUACCUUUAUAUGUUUUAUGUACAUAACAUGUAUAAAGUGGAGAUAAUAUGUAUAAAAUAGGAUCUUUUUUUAUUGUUGGAUUUUUUUUUAUCAAAUGUUGAUUAAACAAUCAGAAGUACA